UCGCGACUCUGCUGCAGCUGUGUCAUUCUGACGAACGUGCAGCUGUGAAAGUCAUUACUAGUUUAAUAAAAUCCCAGCUGAGGAUCUCGUGGCUUUCCUUGGGCAAGCUCCCAUCUUUGAACAUCAGUUAUUCUAUCCUAUCAGCUGGAAAUCAGAGAAGACCGUUCAACGAAGAUGAGACGUUACGCGUUAUUUCUGGCUUGCUGUGUUGUCAACAGUGCUUUGGCUUGGCUAGAACCUAAUAAUAAAGUUAUCAACUUGGCUUUGAGGAAGCCUGCAAAACAAAGCAGUAAUUUCAAUUCUGCCGCUGUUGCUAAGAAGGCGGUGGAUGGUAACAAUGAUGGACGUUGGAGAUCUGGUUCUGUGACUCACACAAAAAGAGAUUAUCAAGCUUUCUGGGAAGUUGAUUUGAUUUUCGAAUCGGAAAUUUCGAGUAUCAUCAUUUUCAACAGAAUCGAUUGCUGCAGGGAUCGUCUGACACAUUUUUACAUCAAGUUUUAUGACUAUACACACAGUCUUGUCAAAACAUUGUUUCAUGGAUCUACAGCACAAAAUGUGUAUAAAUUUGGCUUAGUCCCUUCUAUUGUGGCUCGCUAUGUUCGAGUACAGAUUAAGUCUCGAAACUACUUGUCUUUGGCUGAGGUUCAAGUCUAUGGCAAAGCUGUUAAACGACACAGAAACGUCGCCAUUGGAAAGCCUGCUAGUCAAAGUUCUACGUACCGUCAUUCUGCAAACCCCAUUGCCUCCAAAGCUGUCGAUGGCAAUACAAACGGCGUCUUUAUCGCCAGGACUACAACACACACGAAUAGAGACAACAAGGCUUGGUGGAAGGUGGAUUUGCAACAGCAAUAUGCAAUAACAGCGGUUAUUUUGUAUAAUCGGAUCGACUGCUGCAAAGACAGGCUGCAAUACUUUGAUGUCACAUUGUUUGAUGGAAAGGGGAACGUGAAUUGUGCCUCCAAUUAA